GGCAACGCUGAGCGCAGUCAUGGCGGCUGGCAGGUUGGUGGAAGCUGAAGAUUAUCUCCGAGAAAAUAAGAUCAUAGAUCUAGUCAACAACUUGACCGGCCUCCUGCUUUAUCACCGGCCAGAAAGACCUCGAGAGUUUCUCAUAUCUCAGCUGGAAAAGUUGAAGCUUGCUAGGCUUGCAGAUUUGGACUAUCCCUGUCUUUUUGAUGAAUCUAAUGUGGAAGCAGUUUUUGGAAUCCUGGACCCUGCUGGACAAGGUUACAUAACAGGGACUCAGUACACGGAAGGUAAGAAACAAGGCACAAUUCAGCUGAUGUCUAAACCCAACUUGUACAUAAUGACGUCUUUUAUCAUUAGAACGCUGUAUGUUAAGGAAGACGUAAAGUGUAAAUUCUCCUUUGAGGCACAGCAAGAUCAUUGA